UCCCGUUGUGAACAACAUCAAUUCCCCUCUUUUAUCCCUCUCCCUAUCACCUUCUUCAUUACAAGUUAAUUACACACACACACAAACACAUAACAAAUAAUGGUAAUGGUAGUUUUGUGUCUUUACAGAGGUAAAACAAUGUAAAAAAGUGUGUUGGGGUCUCUUUCUCUAUCUAUAAGUACCCAUCUUCUUCACCGAUUCUCUUCCAUUUUCUGCAACUCUCCCUUGUAAUUAACACUCUACAAAGCACCCAUCGAGAGUGAAGAAACUCUUCUCUUCUUAAUUUCCAGUAUUCAAACCUUAAUAGCUUUCAAGCAUGGUCUUCCCCAGUCAAGAAUCCGAGGCCUCCUCCCAAAGGAAAACUGGAAGAGGAAAGAUUGAAAUCAAGAGGAUUGAAAACACCACCAAUCGCCAAGUUACCUUCUGCAAGCGCCGCAAUGGCUUGCUCAAGAAAGCCUACGAAUUGUCGGUGCUGUGCGACGCCGAAGUCGCCCUUAUCGUCUUCUCCACCCGCGGCCGCCUUUAUGAAUACGCCAACAACAGUGUCAGGGCGACAAUCGACAGGUACAAGAAAGCUUGCGCUGAUGUCUCAAAUACGGGAUCUGUUUCUGAAGCAAAUACCCAAUUCUACCAGCAAGAGGCCACCAAAUUACGACGACAAAUCAAGGAGAUACAGAACUCGAAUAGGAACAUUUCAGGUGAGGCUCUCAGUUCUUUAUCCUUUAAGGAACUCAAGAAUCUGGAGGGAAGAUUGGAGAGAGCCAUUAGUAGAAUCAGAUCAAAGAAGAAUGAGUUGCUUUUUGCUGAAAUCGAGCACAUGCAGAAAAGGGAGAUUGAGCUGCAAAAUGCUAAUAUGUAUCUCCGGGCAAGGAUAGCUGAGGCUGAAAGAGCACAACAGCAAAUGAACUUGAUGCCAGGAUCCGACUACCAGAUCAUGGGAUCCCAACCAUAUGAUGCUCGAAGCUACAUUCCGGUGAAUUUCCUAGAAACUAAUAACCACUACUCCAGCCAGGACCAAACUGCCCUACAACUCGUCUAAGUUGACAUUUGGUGAGGAGAAGCAUCUCUAUCAAGUUCUCUCUCCCUCCCUCCCUCUCUCUCUUAAGACUUUUAUGUGGAAUCAAAAGUCAAAACUUAAGUUUUGUAAAACUAUCAGAGUACCAAGUGACAGCUAGUUGACCAAAUUUUAGGUAUUUGGAGCUUUAUAUGAUUCUAGUUACUUUUUUUUUUU